AUGGCCGACACCGUCCCCCUAAAUAAAAACGUGCCCCCUCUGUCGCAGAACAACGGACACGACGCGUUGGACGAGACCCUCACGCGACUCUCCAAGAAACCCGGCGUCAAGGCGACCGUCAUCCUUGACCGAGUCACGGGCGCGAUCCUGCGAACGAGCGGCCAGCUUUCCUCCUUUAACGCUGCGACGCUGGCGACGGGGCAGGGCUCCUUCUCUGGUGAGGGCGCCGCCGGGCAGCAGCAGCAGCAGCAGCAGCAGCAGCAACAGAAUGGCGAAGAGCAGCCGCAGGGUCUGGAGGAGUUCGCAGCCAAGGUUUGGAAUUGGGUUAAUGCGUCGGGCACUCUUGUGCUGGAUCUGGACACCGAGGAUGAGCUGAAGCUUCUGAGGCUACGGACGAAGAAACAGGAACUCGUCAUUGUUCCGGACCCGAAGUACCUUCUCAUCGUGGUACAUGACACACCGCCGGCUUGA